CUUUGUUCUCGGCUUUCGAUCUCCUUGAGGUUUCUAGCUUGUCCAUGUUUUCUUCUUCAUCUUUCGCGGCGGUAAGGAAACUGCACGUGUUCGGUCGACCACCUCGACUCACCAAGCUCGCGCUCCAUACUCCGAAAUCCGUCGAGGUUGAAUUCUCUGAUGGGAGUUCAUUCAAUUUUUCAGCAGAGUUUCUUAGGGUAUAUAGCCCUGCUGUUGAUAGCAAGAUAAGGUCGGUAGGUGGUGAGAAGGUUAUCUUUGGUAGGCGUCAUGUUGGGAUCAUGUCAGCUGAACCAAUAGGUAACUAUGGAAUUAGAAUUCUUUUUGAUGACUUACAUAAGACUGGAAUCUACACUUGGGACUACUUCUAUCAUUUAGGUUCUAACAAGUUUUCCCUCAUGAGAAGCUACAUCAAAACUUUGAAGCAGCAUGGCCUUAGCCGGGAUCCGCAGAGGAGAAAAUGAUCUCGAAAACACCAUACUAGUCGCUGAAUCCAUAGAUGCAUUUCAAAUCGCUUUUGUAAUAUCAAAGGUACAUAAUCAUCAACAUAACUAUUCUUGUCAGUCUUAUCCUAGUUAUUUGGAGUCGAGAUUAGGAAUUAUCAAUCUUCAUUCAUUACUAUUUGAUGCUAGUUUCCAUCAAGGAACGCUUCAUCUAUUUGCCUUUGUAAUUAAAGGAUGCUGCAUAUUAAACAGCUGUGAUGUCCAAACAUUUAUCAAUUCUCAGGCCGUUAGACUA